AUGGGUAUUAAUAAUCCAAUUCCAAGAAGUUUGAAAAGUGAAAGUAAGAAAGCAGCCAAGGUAUUAUCAUCAUUUGUUAAACCAAAUCAAGUUGCUGGACCUGAUCAAGUGAUUCCUCCUCAUGUGUUAAAAAACGCCAAAGGUUUAGCUAUAAUUACUGUUUUAAAAGCGGGAUUUUUAUUUAGUGGUAGAGCUGGAUCUGGUGUUAUUGUUGCCAGAUUACCUGAUGGUUCAUGGUCACCACCUUCAGCCAUUGUAACUGCUGGUGCUGGUGUAGGAGGACAAAUUGGUGCUGAAUUAACUGAUUUCGUAUUCAUUUUAAAUUCUAAAGCUGCUGUUGAUUCAUUUGCUCAAAUGGGUUCAGUAACUUUAGGUGCUAAUAUUUCAGUGGCGGCAGGACCUUUGGGUAGAAAUGCUGAAGGUGCUGGUACAGCUUCAUUGAAAAGUGCAUCGGCAGUUUUCUCAUAUUCUAAAACUAAAGGUUUAUUCGCUGGGGUUUCUUUAGAAGGUUCAGCUAUCGUUGAAAGAAGAGAAGCUAAUAGAAAAUUUUAUGGGGAAAAUUGUAAAGCAAGAUUCAUUUUAGCAGGUAAAGUUGAAGCCCCACCAGCUUGUGAUGCAUUAAUGAGAAUCUUAGAAAGUAGAGCUUUCAGUAAUAAAUUAUCUUAUGAAGAUGAAGAUCUUGAUGAUGAUGAAUAUUAUAAUGAUAUUCCUGAUGAAUUUUCUGAUUCAACCUCCAAUGUAUCAUCUAGAAGAAAUAGAUCCAGGAGAUAUAGUGAUGAUUAUUCUGAUGGUGAUUCUGAUGAUGAUUAUACUCCUCGUAAUAGAAAUAGGGGAAAUAGCAGAACCCAAGGAACGAGGACUAAUGCUCGAAAUCCAAGCAGUUGGGAAGAUGACAUAUAUGAUAAUGGUGGGAGAAGAGGUAAUGAUGUUGAUAAUCUCAAUUCUCAAUUCAGUAGUAGCAGAAUCAGUAAUGGUCCUUCAAGACCAUCAGCCAACAAACCAAAUUUCGGCUCUAACCCAAAAACUCAAUCAAAUCAAGCUAUUGCUUUAUAUACUUUUAAAGGUGAACAACCAGGUGAUUUGACUUUUAAGAAAGGUGACGUGAUCGAUAUUUUGAAGAAGAGUGAUACAACUGAUGAUUGGUGGACUGGUAGAAACAAUGGAUUAACUGGUAUUUUCCCAGCUAAUUACGUUGAAUUGAUUUAA